AUCUUGAUAUCCUCAUAGGCCACACAUUUCCCUUUGAUCCGAGCCUCUUUAUACAGACUACUGAUUAGAUCUGCCUAUAAAGUAUUGAGUCUCACCCCUUACGUGUCGAAGCAAACAAACCCUUAUUCGCCACAGUACGAUUCAAUAGGUGUGUUAGAUCCUUCCGACCCCCAUCGUGUCUUCCGCCAAAACUAGCCCCCAGGGCCCCGAGACCGCCACAAAACCCACCACGACCCUUCCUGCGACUUCCACAACUUCUGCAAGAAGCGUAGAGUUCACCAAAGUUCUCACAACCCAAUUAGCACUUUUAACCACCACUGCUACUGAAGACAAUUGGGCUUCUAAACAUAAGCAGAUCAAAUAUAUCUUAGCUACAAGCCCAGGUGAUAUCCGUGACCUUUAUUUCCACAAGCUUGUCAAGUUAUAUCGCACUGCUUCACCAUCUACAACUCCUGCUUCAGAUCUUACAUUUGUUGAAAAGUUACUCGUUGAUCAACUCAACUAUUACGCACAAGACCUCUCCCGUAUAGAGAGAUUUAUUCAGACCUAUCCUCAUCUUUUUAAAGAGCUCGAUAACGUCGCACAGCUUGUAUCGCGUCUUGAUUGUGAUCUCAUCGUUGGUGUCUUUUUAGUCCUUCAUUAUUGUACUGAUUCUCAACAGAAACAGUAUCUUACCGAGAACUCUUCAACCCUUAUUCAUAUCCUUCGUACCCGUAAGUUUCCUGGAGACUACGAUUGGUUUGAAUUUCUUUGUCAGAUUCUCGAAAACAAACACAUUUCAUUCAUUGACAAACUUCUCGUCCUUGAUUCAUUACAACAGUUUGAAACUCAUUCAGGCAACCCAGUCCAUCAUUUCUAUAACACAGUUUUAGCCAUGGGAUUCAAAGAUCUUUUACUUCAAAUCGGUCCUGAGCAUUUACUUCCAGAUAAGCUUUUACCCAACUUGUUACAAUUGAAACCAAAUGAAAUAGAUCAUAGUUUGGCAUUACUAUUAAGUGAGGUACUUAUCCCUGGAAGUCAAGGAUUGUCACCAAACGGCGCAACUGCAUUGACUUUCUGUAAUAAUUUGCCUGAGGCAUCUGCCAAAGGUGCUCAGCUUCAAGCCUCCUUCAGAACUGUGGAUUCAGACCCUAAAAUCACCGUCAAUUGGUAUCAAGUUUUUUCCCAUGUAUACGAAAACUUGUACGAAUCUCUGAAACGUAACAUCCAACCUUCAAUCGCCAGUAUUCUGCAAUUUUUGUCACUGUUGGAUUUCAAACAAGGAAUCAUUGAUAUCUUUUUAAGUUAUGAUUGGUGGUUCAGCAAAACACUUCUUUACAUUCUUCAUUCAAUGGACCCUCAACAAGGAGGUUUUGAUAUCACCUUGCUGAAGAAUAUCACGUUAUCCUUCGAGGAAGAUGACGUUGAAAUCCAAACCAAGAGAAAUAUCUUGAGAUUCAUAAAUGUGGGGAAACUCGAAUUACAAGUUUUGACAAACAUCUCACAACAGAACCAACAGCCAUCUGCACAUCUUUCUGAACAAGAAAGGAAACUUAAUGUUUAUCUUAGCCAAGUCUUUGAACAUGAUUAUCGUGUUUUCCCCGAGUAUCUUGUUGUUGCAGCUUUAUCAAUGAUCGAGAAGACACCUUUCAUACUCGACCUUGUGGACACUCUAUUCACACUCCUUAUGGAUGGAAUUCCUUCAUCUCUUAAUAAAGUCCUUGGUAAGUUUAAGGAAUUAGAUGAGGGACUCGCCAUUAGUAAGUUGAUUGAUUAUUAUACAAAGAGGCCAACUGUGGACUCCAUCAGUAAGAUUGUCAGACUGUCCCUUAAUGUUGGUAUGCUUGAUGACUUAUUAACGCAAUUAUGGCGUUCAAAUUUCAAGUUGGCUCUUACUUUAGCCAUUGAAGGUACUAAUUAUGGUUAUGAUUGCAAGCCUGUAGUCGAUUCAAAGUUUAAAGAUCAAGAAGAAAAGCCAAUUCUUUGUCAGGCCCUUCUUGAAGUACUUGAAUUAAGAGCAACGCAAGAUUAUGAAAGAGCUCAACAACAACUUGUUAAUGAUGAAAUCCACAAAGUCUUACGAAUCCCUGUGGUUUUCUACCUUUUGGAUAAACUUAAGAGCAGCAAUGGACUCAUUGAUGCUGACAGAUUGAAGAAUCUUCAAUUAUCACUUCUCACCACUUAUCCAAGACUUAUUAAUUUUGGAUGUGGUCACGAUGAAGCCAUUUUGGCCAAUGGUGAAGAGCUGAACUUUUUCCCUUCCACUGUUGAACAAGAAAUGAAAUCGUACUAUUCCAAGAUGUAUAACAAGGAAAUGGAGAUCAAAGAUAUUGUUGAUAUGUUGACUCAUAUGAAGAGUAGUGAUAACCCACACGAUCAAGACGUGUUCGCGUGUAUGAUUCAUUCUCUUUUGGAUGAGUAUAGAUUCUUUGCUGAGUAUCCAUUGACCGCUUUGGCUUCCACAUCAUUAUUAUUUGGUGCAUUAUUACAAAAGGAUUUGAUUCAAGGUACCACUCUUACUGUGGCAUUGAAUUUCAUUUGGGAAAGUUGUAAUCAGCCACAGGAUUCUCAUUUGUUCAAGUUCGCUGUCCAAUCAUUGUACAACUUCAAACUGAGAUUACAUGAAUAUCCAAUUUAUUGUAAGCAUCUUUUAGAAUGUCAAUCUUUGCUGGCACAUGCCAAGAUGUAUCAGAUCGUGAAGGAUGCCGCAAAUGGAAUCGCCUGCCCUGAUGCAACUACUAGUCAACCACAAACUGCUAGUGGCACUCCAGCCCCAACUUCAACUUCAGAUGAUAAAUAUCAAUCAAUUACUAUUCCUGAUGAUUCCGUUUUGGGCCAUCAAGAAAAGCCUGAUGAAGCCGUUUCAGACAAACUUUUAUUCUUGCUUAAUAACACUACCGAGGACAACCUUGAAGCCAAGAUUCCAGAUAUUAGGGGACUUCUUAAGGAUCUGUAUUAUUUAUGGUUUUCCAAUUAUUUGGUCUCUGAUCGUGCUAAGGCAGAACCAAACAACCACGAGUUGUACAGUGAAUUAGUUGAAGGUCUUGGAGAUCCAGUUUUCACUGAACAUGUUCUCAAUGUAUCUUUGAAGGAAGUUAAUCAUCUUAUUUCACAUUUCAAAGAUACUCUGACCGAACGUAACCAAUUAAAGAAUCUUGGUGCCUGGCUUGGUAGAAUUACCUUGGCAAGAGAUAAGCCAUUGAAGCGUAAUCAAAUUGCCCUCAAGUUUUUGCUUGUUGAGGCAUUUGACCGUAAGUCCUUAAAUUACAUCAUUCCAUUCGUUUGUAAAAUUUUGGACCAAGCUCAAUAUUCAAAGGUUUUCCGCCCACCUAACCCAUGGGUUUUGGGAAUUAUGAAGGUAUUGGCCGAAUUGUAUGAAUGCGCUGAUUUGAAAUUGAACUUGAAAUUUGAAAUUGAAGUUUUAUGUAAUGAUUUCAAGAUGAAAAUUAAGGAUUUGGAACCUCUGACAUUGGUCAGAAGUCACAAUCCAAAACCAGCCGCGUUAGCGGCCUUGUUUGGUAUUCAUUCAGAAGUUAUUGGAUUGUCAAAUGAUAUGAGUAGGUUGACAGUAGAUGGCAAGCCAGAUCCAAGAAGCUUACAACUCCAACAACAACUCCAACAACAGCAACAACAGCAACAACUUCAACAACAAGCUUUGUUAUUACAACAGCAACAGCAACAACAGCAACAACAAUUGCCUCCAGCCUUGAUUAGAAAUGACGAGGCAGUUGCCGGUGCCGCAUCUACUCACCAAUUGGACACUUCAUUCAGCUCUUUGGUUGGGAAUAACAUUUUUACUCAAAAUCCUAACCUUCGUAGAGCAUUCCAAGCUUCUUUGUCUCGUGCUGUUCGUGAAUGUGCAGUACCUAUUUUAAGCCGGGUUUCUGAAGCAGUUCUCACCACUACUGAAGCUAUGAUCCGUAAAGAUUUUGCUUGUGAAGUUGAUAGUACAAAAUUCCGUAAGGCGUACCAAAGUCUUGCGCAACAACUUUCCCACAGUAUGGUCAUUUGCAGUGGCCGUAAGAUUUUGAGUGAAACAAUCGAAGCCACCAUGUUGCAAUUACUUGGCACUCAAUUGAAUCCAAAUGAAUUACCACUUGCAGAGUUAGAACUUGCUGUUCAGGAGAAUGUUGACUUGUGUGUUGAAAUUGUUGAUAAGAUCGCAGCAGGUAAUAUCAGUGAAUUGAUUGACGAGAGAAUGAGAAAGCAUAUGAUUGUGAGAGAUCAACACUCGAAACUUAAACCCAACGAACCCUUUGUUGAUGAUAGUGUUUCGGAAUACUCGUUGAAAUUGCCACCUCCUUUAGGUUUAACACCUCAAGGAUUGACUCCUAAUCAAGCCAAGAUCUAUGAGAAUUUUGGAUCCAAUGGUCCUAAAUUCCAAGGGGGUGUUGCUGCACCUGUUUCCGUCCCAACAGGAACAGUCAACACCGGUACCCCACUUGCCUCGACAGUUCCAUCUGCUCAAGUUCCACCUGCGGGAACUCCACAACAGCAAUUAGCUUCUUUGAAACAAGAUGAGCUUGCCGCCGCAAAUGCUGCACCAACCGACCAACUUUUCACUAUUAUUACACAAUAUUGUGAAAAGGCAAUUGCUCUCCUUGCCGAUGUGAAGCAAACCAAGCUUGCUGAACUUCCACCAGAUCAUCCAAUUAUGCUUGCUCUUAGUCAAAUUCUUUCUUUUGCCCAAUCCAAUGCUUUGAAGAACCCUGAACUUUUACUCAGAGCUGCUCAAUAUGCUGUUAAUUGUCUUUUCACUCAAGGCCACGAAAAUCCAAUUUCAAAUGAAAUUUAUGUGGUUAUUUUAGAUAAACUUUGUGAAUAUUCCCCAUCUACCGCUAAGGAUGUUACUUGGUGGCUUGUUCAUUCAUCAGAUCAAAGAAAGUUCAAUGUUCCAGUGAUAUUCUCAUUAUUGAAGGUCCAAUUGGUACAACCAACCAGAUUAGAUUCUUCAAUCGGUAAAUUGAUCACCGAAUCUGGAAAUCCAGUGGUUGUAAAGUUUGCAGUUAAUCUCAUCAGCAACGUUUUUACUUCUGACAGUUUCAGACCUAUUGCCUUGAGAUCUGAAUUUGGUUUCACAUUGAAUUCUUUGGCUAACUAUAAUGGUGAUGAUUCUGAAGAAGGUAAGGAAGCUAAAUUACUCACCGAUAAACUUUUUGAAAUGUUUGACAAGUCUGAAUUCCCAUUGGCUUCCCAACCAACUCUUUAUGAGCAAAUGAGUUACAUUUAUGUUGAAUGGAUUAAACUUUUGACUCAUGGAGACGAUAGUGAAGCUUUGCAGGAUCAAUUCAUCACCAGCUUGUUGGAGAAUGAUAUUUUGACGAAUCCUAAGUAUUUCGAAGUUUUCUUUAAGGCUGCCACUGAAAUCUCUGUUGCAUCAUUUGCUACUGAACAUGAAAUCAGAACAAGAACCCAAAGAGAAACGUACUUGGCGGUCGAUACUCUCGCAUUCUUGAUUGUUAAAAUUGUUUUAUCAUUCGAUAAAUCUCAUUCUGAUGAAGCCAUGGACUAUUUGAAGAAUAUCAUGGGUGUUUUAAUGCUCGUCUUGACUAAUGAUCAUGAAACUUCCAAGGGCAAUUGGAAUGAGAGAGCGUACUUCCGUAUUUUCUCUUCUUUACUUUGUGCUUGGACCGAAGCUUCCAUCAACGAUGAUACUGCUACAACUCAUUUGGAUUCGACCUUCUAUCCAUUUAUUGGAGAAGUUUUUAAUUCUUUGCAACCUAUAAUUUUCCCAGGGUUCACUUUUGCUUGGAUUUCAUUAAUUUCCCAUCGUAUGUUCCUUCCAAAAUUACUUGAACUUCCAAAUGGUGAAGGUUAUCCAAUUGUCACUAAGCUUCUCACUGAUAUUCUCAAGUUUGAAGGUGUUUAUGGCAAGGAUGAGUUUACUCAACAUGAUGUUGUAAAUGUAAUUUUCAAGGCGAUUACCCGUAUAAUCACUGCUAUUGCACAUGAUUAUCCUGAAUUCCUUGUUGGAUGCCAUUAUCAAUUAGCUACAGCCAUUCCACGUGGUUAUAUUCAAUUGCGUAAUAUUGUUUUAUCGGCAAAUCCUUCAAACGUUCCGGUUGUUGAUCCAUUUACUCAAGGUCUCAAGGUUGAAAGAAUCCCAGAGAUUAAUGACCCUCCAAUUGUUUCUUAUAAACCAGUUGACGAUCUUGUCAAGGUUGGAUUAAAGAAACCAGUUGAUAACUUUUUGAGAAUUCCUGCUCCAGCGUUAAUGAAAAACAUCUACAGUGGUGUGAAAUUGAACCAUCCAAAGGAUGUUGCAGACAUUGGAUUUAACAAGGAUCAUUAUAAUGUUAAAUUAAUUAAUGCCUUAGUUCUUCACGUUGGAAUUUCUGCAGUGGAAGACCGUAUGCCUACCACUUCUUCAACUGUUUCUCGUGGAUUCAACACUAAGAGCUCACACGUUGCUCUUUUGGCUGAUUUGAUGAACCAUGGCACUUUGGAAUUCAAAUUCCAUUUAGUCAAUGCCAUUGCAAAUCAAUUGAGAUAUCCUAACGCUCAUACCCAUUGGUUUAUUGGAAUUAUGUUACAUUUUUUCAGCAAUAACACCAUUUGGGGAACUCCUCAAAAUAAAUUAGCAGUCCAGGAAAUCAUCACUCGUGUUCUUUUGGAAAGACACGUUGUUAAUAAACCCCACCCAUGGGGAUUGACCAUUGUAUUUACAGAACUUGUAAAGAAUGGUGAUUAUGGCUUUUUCGACUUGCCAUUUGUCAAGGAUGCCAGCCGUGAAUUGAAGGUUGUAUUUGAGGCCUUAUCAAGAAAUGUCAAGGGCACUUCAUCCUAG